AUGACUGCUCAGUUACAAACUGCAGGUAAUGCUAAAACCGUUCUGGUUACAGGUGGUGCUGGUUACAUUGGUUCCCACACUGUGGUGGAGCUGAUUGAAAAUGGAUACGAAUGUGUUGUUGUCGAUAAUCUCUCAAAUUCAUCUUACGAUUCUGUUGCCAGGUUGGAAAUUUUGACCAAGCAUCACAUUCCAUUUCACAAGGUCGAUCUUUGUGACCGGGAAGGUUUGGAAAAGGUUUUCAAGGAACAUGAAAUAGAUUCUGUUAUUCACUUCGCCGGUUUGAAAGCUGUGGGUGAAUCUACGCAGAUUCCAUUGAGAUACUACCAUAAUAACAUCUUGGGCACUUUAGUUUUGCUGGAAUUAAUGCAACAAUACAAAGUCUCUAAAUUUGUGUUUUCUUCUUCUGCUACUGUCUAUGGUGACGCGACUAGAUUUCCGGAUAUGAUUCCGAUUCCAGAAGAGUGUCCCUUAGGGCCCACUAAUCCAUAUGGUAACACCAAAUAUGCCAUUGAAAAGAUUUUGAAUGAUCUUUACAACAGUGACAAAGCAAGUUGGAAGUUUUCCAUCUUGCGUUACUUUAACCCGAUUGGUGCUCAUCCAUCUGGGCUAAUCGGCGAAGAUCCACUUGGUAUUCCAAACAAUUUGUUACCAUAUAUGGCUCAAGUAGCCGUCGGUAGACGUGAAAAGUUGUACAUCUUUGGCGAUGAUUAUGACUCUAGAGAUGGUACACCAAUCAGAGAUUACAUUCAUGUUGUUGAUUUAGCCAAGGGCCAUAUUGCCGCUCUGAAAUAUUUAGAUGCUUAUAACCAAAAGGAGGGUUUGUGCCGUGAGUGGAACUUAGGUUCUGGUAAAGGUUCUACAGUUUUUGAGGUAUACCGUGCAUUCUGUAAGGCCUCGGGUAUUGAUCUUCCAUACGAAGUUACUGGUAGAAGGGCAGGUGAUGUGUUGAACUUGACAGCUAAGCCAGAUAGGGCCAAGCGGGAGCUGAAAUGGCAAACAGAGUUGCAAGUCGAGGACUCAUGCAAAGAUUUAUGGAAAUGGGCCACUGAAAAUCCGUUUGGCUACCAAUUGAAGGGUGUUGAAGCCAGGUUUGCUACCGAAGAGAUGAGUUACGAUGCAAGAUUUGUGACUAUUGGUGCUGGUACUAGAUUUCAAGCCACGAUUGCUAAUUUGGGCGCUACCAUUGUAGAUUUGAAGGUUGACGGGCAAUCUGUUGUUCUUGGUUAUGAAAAUGAGAAAGGAUAUUUGAAUCCUGAUAGUUCUUACAUUGGUGCCACGAUUGGUAGAUACGCGAAUCGUAUUGCCAAGGGUAAGUUCAAUUUGGGUGGUAAAGAUUAUCAGCUAACCGUUAACAACGGCAUUAAUGCUAAUCAUGGUAGUAUUGGUUCUUUUCAUGUGAAAAGAUUUUUAGGCCCAAUUGUUCAGAAUCCAUCAAAGGAUGUCUUUACCGCAGAAUACAUGCUAAUCGACAAUGGUAAGGACACUGAAUUUCCAGGUGAUCUACUGGUAACUGUACAGUAUACUUUGAAUGUCGCCAAAAAGAGUUUGGAAAUCGAAUAUAAGGGUAAGCUGACUGCUGGUGAAGCCACACCAUUAAAUCUAACCAACCAUACUUACUUCAAUCUGGAUAAGCCUCAUAGAGACACCAUCGACGGUACAGAAAUCAAGGUGGUUUCUAAUAAAUCCGUUGACGUCGACAAAAAUGUCAUUCCCACGGGUAAGAUCGUUGACAGAAAUAUUGCUACCUUUAAGAGCUCAAAGCCAACUACUUUAGGUCCUAAAGAUCCUCUAUAUGACUAUUGUUUUGUAGUGGACGAAAAUGCGAAGCACAAACAAAUCGAUACCUCAAAGAAUGAACCAACGCUUGUCGCCAAGGCUUUCCAUCCAGACUCUAAAAUCACUUUGGAAGUGUUGAGUACAGAACCAACAUAUCAAAUUUACACUGGUGAUUUCUUAUCUGCCGGUUACACAGCAAGACAAGGUUUCGCUGUCGAACCUGGUAGAUACGUUGAUGCCAUCAACCGAAAAGAAUGGAAGGAUUGUGUUAUUUUAAGACACGGCGAAACAUACGGCUCUAAGAUUGUCUACAGAUUUUCUUGA